UCAAGCGACUUUCUUUUAUCCUCCGUUGCAGAGACCCAUGCAGUAGCCUCGAUCGCUGCAAGACUGUGAUCCACAGUAAUAAUUCACCAGAUACCAUAGUUCAAGCGAACUCAAAAAAAGGAAGAACAAAUAGACGCAAACCGCCUUCGAUUUUAAAUCAUAUGCACCAGAAAUUAAUUGCCCCAGAUCUCCGAUCCAACUGCUAAUCCGCAAACUAAGUUAGUCGUCCUCCUUCCACCCCCACCGCUCCAUCUUCAACUCUCCCCAAAAUCUUACCCUCGAUUAUUAUUUCGCCUCUUUCAUCCUCCUUGACCCUCGUCGGAUUCCACUGGCACAGGAGGCCUCAGGACCAGCAGCGUCCAUUUCUUCCUCGAUGCCGACGUCUCCGGAUACGAUAUUUCUCUGCAUCUCCCGUCCGUGACCAGCAUGGUCCAAGUGGCACGCGGCUGUCAACGGUGUUUCGAUGCGCAUGCCAGGUGCGACGGUAAGCCGCCCUGUUCGCGAUGCAGGCAUCUCGGAUUAUCGUGCCCUGGCCACAAUCGCAUCGUCAAACACCACAAUGAAAGCCGCCCUCUACAAUUAAGGUGCCGAUCGGGGCACUCAUAUUCACUUUCACCAUCUCCUUCACCGUCCUCCUCGUCAUCGUCCUCCUCCGAUUCGCACAGUAAGGCCUUGAUUCCACAGAGAUCCGGUCGACCAAGUCCCCAGCAUGAACUCGAACCCCUCACCAUUGACGAAACCUUAUCACCCUCAUUGUCUACCAGGGUCAUUUCCUCCCAGCAGACCAGAGUUUUUACCGACUUCAUACUAUCAUCCUUCCCGUGCUACUUCAAAUGCACCGAAAAGCGUGUAUCGGUCAAUUGGGUGGCAUAUGUCGAUACUCGGCGCGGUUCCAAGAACUCAUGUUUCGAUUGGGCUGUUCGCGCCUGCACCACUACCUACACUGGAUUUCUACAAAAUGAUAGACGCUAUAUGGAUGGGGCACGGGAGUUCUACAUACGAUCUCUCCGUGGGCUUGCAGGGUUGCUCUCAGAUAUAAAUACGGCCAAGUCGGACGAGGCACUUGCAACAGCCAUCUGCCUGUCAGUUUUCGAAAAGCAUAACUGCACUACACCCAGCUCGUGGCUGCGCCAUGCAAAAGGCAUCGAAACCUUGAUGCAGCUCCGUGGUCCGGGAGCCCACAUUCACGGGUUUGGCCGUUCCAUGUACAUCGUUUACCGGAACUUCCUAGUCACCGCCGCAAUGAUCUCGGGAGAAGCAUGCUUCUUAGAAGAACCCGAAUGGCAAGCCCUCAAUGAGCAGAUUGUCUCCGACAAUGCCAAGCAGCCUGACUCUCUCGCCUACACGGAAGUUGCAGAACGCGGAUUUCGCGAGGUCACCAAGAUCCCCGGCUACGUGAAACGAGUACGCGACCUACUCGUCCUACCACAAAAGAAGCAAUCCAAACUCAGGAAACCACUGUUGCUGAGUAUUUUGGGCACUCGGGCGGCUUUGCGGGGUAUCCACACCGAAUUUGGAGUUUCUAUCUCCAUGGUCCGCGCCGGGCACGGCCACAAAGAAGACUUCAUUGGCCCUCUCCCACAGUACUUCUUUGACGGCUUCUCGAGGCAUUCCAUUCGUGGCAUUCGGUCGGGAAUGCUGAUACUGAAUUAUCUUGUAAUUCUUCUCGAUCCAAAACAACGAACAGAAAUCGAAGCCGAGAACGAGAUUCUGUCAGAUGGUAUACGCUCAGACUCCCUUCCCGCAACGCCCGAACCAACGGCCCCCCUCUCUCCUCCCAGCACCCCCGGAAAACCAAAACUGUUAAUCCAGUCUUUGAUUGGACCGGACACCAAACAACCGCCAACGACAGACUGGAUGGAUCGCAUUGUGACCACAAUGGGCAUGGAUGGCGUGCGGGUAAGUCUCCUGGGCUGAUUUGACUAGAUUGCCGUCAAGGGGGCUAUCUAUGGGUUUGGGGUAUUGGAGUUAUUAUGGUUCUAUUCUUGUGAUACCCAUCUAUUUGCGUAUCGGUUGGCUGGUUGGUUAUUUUUGGGCUGGGUUUGGAUUUUGGAAGUAUGUAUACAUGCCGUGAUGAGGCUUCUAUAUAUGGGUUUGUUAUUGACUAUUUGUAUAAAACGUCACUUUUCUCCUGGGAAUCUGCAAAAAGUCCAGUGUCUA